GUCAUCCUCCAAACUGCAUGCGACUUGCACAAGUUUUCUCGCCCUGUGCGUCAAAGAGAUCUCGACUCCAUCGUCGAGCGACCUGAACGAACCCGCGCAGCGACAAUAGGUAUCCUUGUUGCUCUUGCUCGGCUGCAGCACAGUCAAAGUCCUCAUUUUGAUGUUCAACAUUGCUCGCGCCGUGGCUGGCUAGGCGAUCACGCUGUCGAGGCGGUCCAUGGCUAUGUGUACCCUCAGGAUCUUCUCAAACUAUCCCGAGAAGCAGCAGACAGGUUGGCGCGCGGUGAACUGGAAGUACCCGAAGGAUAUCCGUCUGGCGACUUGUACUUGGGACCUGCCUCGCUAGAUGCACUAAAUGGCUGUCUUGGCGCAGUCUAUGAUGCAAUCGACGCACUGUAUGUCUCGUCUAGCCCCUACGACCGUUGCCACGUAUGCAUACGGCCUCCUGGUCACCAUGCAGCAGAGACUGCUCCGUCUGGGUUCUGCUGGCUCAAUAAUGUGCAUGUGGCCAUUGCCUAUGCAAGGGAACGGUAUGGUGUACGCAGAAGUGUAAUUCUCGAUUUCGAUCUCCAUCACGGCGAUGGCUCCCAAGAGAUUGCCUGGAAGCUCAAUGAGACGACGCCAGAUUCAAUCGGCUACUACUCAAUCCAUGACAUCCGCUCCUUCCCUUGCGAGUUGGGCGACAUUGCAAAGAUUCGCGAAGCGAGUGUAUCUAUCAGCGCUCAUGGUCACAACAUUCACAACGUCCACAUUGAACCAUGGGGGUCACAGGCCGAAUUUGAUGAGAUUUACGAGCGGGCCUAUUCAACCAUCUUUGAAAAGGCUGCAGCCUUUCUCGCACCUGCACAAGAACGUGGCGAGGCAACCCUGGUGUGCAUCUCUGCUGGAUACGACGCGUCCGAGCAUGAAAAUCCAAACAUGCAGCGUCAUGUCGCCAAUGUUCCAACCAGCUUUUACCAGCGUUUCACAGAAGAUGCCGUCAAGCUUGCAAAGAAAUUCGCCAAUGGCAAGGUUUUAUCUGUGAUGGAGGGAGGCUAUGGAGACCGAGCCAUCAUCUCCGCUGCAGGCUCGCAUUUACUUGGUCUUGCAGAUUGCCCUGCUUCGAUGGACCGUGCAGAGAUGCAGAGCUGGUUCAAUCUAGACAACCUUUCUCUGAUUGAAAAGACUUUCCCGAGAAAGCAGCGCGCACGC